UCAAUUUCACUUGUUGUACUAUAUAUUGAAGGUGCUCGAGUGACUGUCUUAAAUGGCAUCCCAGGGCGGCCGCCUAGGCUCGGGACCAAACAUUCUCCACUCUCAUGUGGUCAUCGUGAAUGGCAUAAAAGCCACAGCAAGGAAGAAAAGAUCAUCUUGCAAUUCGUGCAAUGUCCUCUCCCAAAGUCUGGUUCAUAACGGGAACGUCCUCAGGAUUUGGAAGACUCAUGACAGAGUAUGCCCUCAACAAAGGAGACAUCGUAGUAGCAACCCUCCGCAAACCACAAGUCCUAUCCGAUCUUGCAGCCCGAUACUCAGCAGACAAGCUCCUCGUACUCAAAGUCGACGUCGCAAAGCAGGAAGACAUCGAUGAAGCAUUCGCACGUACGCGUUCAGCGUUCGGACGGCUGGACGUAGUGUUCAACAAUGCCGGAUAUUCAAUUGUCACAGAAAUCGAAGGCACGCCCGUUCAUAAAGCGCGCGAGAUUUUCGAGACAAAUUUUUGGGGCGCGACGAACGUUAGUCGUGCUGCAGUGAAGUUUUUUAGAGAGGUGAAUGAACGGGGCAAGGGGGGGACCAUUCUUCAAAUCAGUUCGAUUUGUGGGUUUCAUGCCUUUCCUCAAAAUGGUUAUUAUGCUGCGACUAAACAUGCACUAGAAGGCUUCACGGACAGCCUCGAGAGAGAGUUACCGCCUUCAUGGAACAUAAAGGCAUGAACCCCUGACAGACCAAUAGAUUAAUACUCACGACAA